AUGACCCCGCCCACCUGUGACAUCACUGAGGGGGGGCUGCAGGUAGCCCACACUUGUGAGGUCAGCACUCUGUUUGAGGAGGAAUCUUCCAUCUUCCCUCUGAAGGGGGGCUCUGUGGAUCUGUCCUGUCCCAUCGACCCCCCCGCCAGUCAGGAGGAGAUGGCGCAGUCCGCCCACCUGAUGACUCUGGGACUGUGUCGCAUCUCUGCCUGCCGUCCCGGCGGCUGCUGGACGUGCACGUGCGGUCCCACCGGGCGGGGGGGGGGGUUCGGCUGCGUGCGCUGCAGCCUACCGGCCGACAGCUGGAGUCAGCUGGAGCUGCACUGGAGGACUCACUGCAGGAGGCAGCAGCAGAAGAAGAAGAAGAAGAAGAAGAAGAAGAGGGAGGCGUCACACCUCGCUCACCACGAGACACACGCCGACCGCUCAGAUGGACGGAGGCGGCAGCUGAUUGGACGAGCAGACAGGAAGAAGGUGAAGCACCUGGACAGAGAAACAAAAACACAGGCGUCAGACAGCAGGAAGAGAACGAAGACAAAAACAGCAGAAGAAGAAGAAGAGUCGACACGUUUCUGCUGCUCGUUGUGUCACAGGAAGUUCUCCACUAAGUUGACUCUCAGACGUCACCUCGGCGUCCACGGAGGAGACAAACCCUUCACCUGUCCUACCUGUCCUUACCGGAGCAGACUGAAGGCCUCACUGCUGCAACACCUGAGGACACACACAGGUGAGAAGCCGUACAGGUGUUCUCAGUGUGAUUACGCCUCCAUUGAUCGCAGCUCUCUGAUUCGUCACUCGAGGACUCACAGUCAGGAGAAGCCGUACAGGUGUGAUCACUGUGACUACAGCAGCAUCCAGAAGAAGAGUUUGGACCUCCACGCUCGCCGUCAUCACACCGGCGAGGCGUUUCCGUGCCAACAGUGCGAGUACUCGAGUCCGGACCGCCAGCUGCUGCUGCGACACGUCCGCAGACACCACGCCCCCCCGCUGUGACCUCACGCCCCCCCGCUGUGACCUCACAGCAGCCGGACACUGUUAUUGGGCAGCUG